AGUAAUGAUCAUAAUCCCUUCGCGGUCCUCUUUCACGGAACAGGAAGUAAACAAACACCAUUCAGUCUCUCCCACUGAGACGGUAUAGUACUACCGUAUUGUUAAGUAGUUGAUACACCGUGUUUAAAAAAACACAGAUGAUGCAUUCUACUUUCGUUUCUGGAUUUUAAGUGUAAACACACAAACACAAGGCUUUGAAUUUAGGAAUCAUGGAUAUAGGAGCAAGUUAUGCGGAAUGCAAAGAAGAAUUGAAAUCAGAAAGCGACCAUGAACGUUUUAUUUUGUCUUUGCCUGUUCCAUGGAGAAAGUACGCAUUCCCCAAAGAACAUCACAGAAGACAAAGCCAAUCGAUUCGGAAGUUUCUAUCCAUACUUAGUGGCUACCAAAAAGCAGAAGAACAACUCGACGAAGCUAUAAGACGAAGAGCGACGGACAGUGAAGUUCGGUAUGUGUACGAUCUGGACGAUGUCGACUAUGACGAGUAUGUGGAACAGUUCGGAAAAGCAGACAUCCCUCAUUUACAAACAGCUGAGUUUUACGGAUAUCUUGAAUGCCUUUUGAUGCAAUGUUAUGCAAAGAAGAAAUGGCUGAUAGAUAAAAGUGAAGAACUUGCAUCUAUAAAUGGCAAACCACCGUCGAUUAGUUUGAAGGGAUGGCUGACUUUGCCUCCAGAUGUCAGACUUAGCAUGUCACGAAGAGAGUCUGCAAAAACUAUUGAAUUAAUGGUAGAAAUAAUAUACGAGCUAAAGACAGAAAAUAUGAGAAUGCUAGAGGAAAAUGAAAAGUUGAAACUGAAAAACGUUGAAAUACAGAAACUGCUAGAGGAAAAUGAAAAGUUGAAACUGAGAAGCAUUGAAAUACAGAAAGACCGUGCUGCUAAGGAGGAGGUUAUUCACUACUUUAAGAUGAAAAUGGCAGAAAAUGAGAGGACGAUCAAAGAUCUUACUAAAAAAAACUCAGAUUGCAGAAACCAGUUACACCUAAACAGCAUAGCAGAUCUUCAGCAGAAACUAGCCCACGAAAAAAAGAGUGCUGCGGAGGCCAUUCAAUACUAUAAGAUGAAAAUGGAUGAAAAUGAGAGAAAUAAAAUUGCACCAAAAUCUGUCCAAUUAGGAAAAGAUGAAUUCCAAAGAAUGCUAGAGGAAAAUGAAAAGUUGAAAGAGAAAAACGUUUUAAUCCAGAAAGACCGUGCUGCUAAGGAGGAAGCUAUUCACUACUUUAAGAAGAAAAUGGUAGACAAUGAGAGGACGAUCAAAGAUCUUACUAAAGUAAACUCAGAUUGCAGAAACCAGUUACACAUAAACAGCAUAGCAGAUCUUCAGCAGAAACUAGCCCACGAAAAAAAGAGUGUUGAUGAGUUAAGACAACAUCGAGAUACUUUAAAGAAAGACAAGGAACAUUUAUUAAUCAGACUAACUGAAGUGGCUGGUGCCAAGUUAACAACCAACAUUCCAGCAAUUACAAACCUAGGUGAUGAAAACAGACCACUGAAAUUAUCGGAAAAAUUCAGUCAGCUGUAUGAUGACGAAUGGUGUGAUUCUUUUGAAGAAAUAUUAAGCAACGGCUUGGAUGAAGUUUAUUCAAUUGCCUUCCUCCUUCGUGUUGUUAUGAGCGCCUUCCAUCUCUGCUCCCGAUCCACAUCGAUGUUCAUUAAUGUACGCGAUUGCAAAACUUUGCUAUGGUGUGAGGGUGGUAUGGAAAUGAAGCUUGUACAGAGGCUUGACUUGACAGAGGAAGAAAAAAUAGCUUUAGAAGGUGUCACGCGAGAUUUGAGAUAUUCCAGAAAGGACAUAUUCAUAGAUGUCCUAAAAAAGGUAAAAUCAUCAUUUUAUCGUCAUAAAACCAAAGGCGUUUCUGGUAACUUAGACCAUUUUGUAUGUUUUCAGAAAUUCCUUGUUAUCAUGAAGGGUAUGAUACUAAACAUAACCAGGAAAAGGAAAAGUAAUCAGAUAUCACCAGAAGAGUUACAGACAGGAAAUUUUUCCAUGCCAACCCAUGCAAGCUAUGUAGCAGAGGAAUUCCUACUCAAAAGAGAAGAAAUCGAGGAAUUAUUUUCGGUACCUAUGGAAUAUGAAAUAUCGGAAGAAGCUAUGAGUGGUUUUGUGAAGACAUUGCAAUUUGCAGAGCGCUGUGUGGAGUUGUGUUGGUUGAUGCAGGCAGGACAACCACCGAUGUAUCUCGACGCUGAUAUUCCGGAAAAUAGACAGUUUGAAACCGAAAUAUUAAAAGUAUUUACUAAAAAAGGGAAUGUAAUAGAUUACAUUGUGUGGCCAGUGUUGUAUUUACACAAGAAUGGACCUUUGCUUUCAAAAGGAGUAGCACAACCGAGAUAACGUUUUGUUUGUACAUGUAGUGCAAUGGACAUUGAAAAUAGACAAGAAAUUGAAAUGAUAGGCAAUCCAUACAUUUAAUUAUAUUAUUACAGUUUAAGUUGGUUUUAGAUGUAAUGCUUUCAUAAAUUUUCAAAUUGAAUCUGAUUAUUUUCUAAAUUAUGAACACUUUUAGUAUCAUACAAAUAAUAUGAUAGAGGAUUCAAGAAAAUGGAAUUAUGAUAUCAAAUUACAUUUUUUAUUUAGUUGUUUGAAGGAAUCAUAAUUCUAUCACAAAUAUGAAAAUAGACAUUAUCACUGAAUUGUGUUACAUGUAUAUUUUUGCAUUUUUAUAAGAUUAUAAAACUACCGAGCCUUCGUGUCUCAUAAUAUUUGAUGUUGAUGUACAGGGUUUUGUGCCUAAAUAUAUUUCUUUAGUUUAUAGCUUAUGUCACCUUAAGCUAUAAUAAUGCCUAAAGAUAGAAGAAUGAAAAUGAUAUAUAUCGGCUUUUUUAUUUUUCAAGGCUUGCCAAAUUGUAUCAAUGGUAAUGAAAUUAAAUAAAUUUCUUCUCUAAUGUG